AUGAAAAAAUGAUUAAGGUAAACGAAGCGUUAUGUAUAUUUAUAACCAUAAUAAUUCACACCAAAUCUCAAGCAUCGACAGAAGAAAUUGUAUAUCCAAUAAAUCAGUUUCUUCUUGAUACGGAAAAGAAUAGCGAUAGUGUAGAUAUAUUUAAAGUAUGUGAUGAAAAUUUGGGGUGUAUCGAGACAGAUUCACGGUGGUAUCACAAGCAAUAUAGACCAGUAAAUUUGAGACCACUUCCUCGACAUAUUUUAAAAACGGAUUUUUUGCUAAUAAAAAAGAAUGAAAUAAAUACGCAAGAUUUGCAUUACAGCAGUAUAACAGCUAAGGAGUCGUCGUUAAGGGAAGCUGGUUUUAAAAACGAAUCAGAAAUAAUGAUUCUUAUUCAUGAUUUUACUGCAAACGGUUACACAGGAUGGGUAAAACAUUUAUCUAAUACUGUUUUAACCAAUGCCAUGGAUAUAAACUUAAUUUCUGUGGACUGGCAAAGAGGUGCAGAACCGCCUUAUGAUCAGGCUAUAGCGAAUGCUAGAGUUGUAGCGUUAGAAAUUAUACUACUAAUAAAAGAGUUGCAGGACAAAUUCCAUUUUAAUUUAAACAACAUUCACAUGGUGGGACAUGGUGUAGGAGCACACAUUUGUGGAUACGUUGGUAUUACGCAUAAUACGAUUGGAAAAAUUACAGGUCUAGAUCCAAGUGGUCCAAGAUUUGAAGGCAUGCCAGAUUUUGUCAAAUUAAAUCCAAGAAGCGCAAGCUACGUAGAAGUUAUUCAUAGCGACUAUUAUGAAUCUAGAAGCCAGGGUAUAAACGAAACUUUGGGACACAGUGAUUUCUUUAUAAACGGAGCACAAAAACAGCCAGGUUGUUCAGAAAAUACUUCUUUCGAUAAUGUACUAUCACUGGAAAGAGGAAGUCUCCAGCAAGGUCAAGUUUUUCCUGGUUGUAGUCAUAAAAGAGCGUUUAAAUAUUUCGUGGAAUCAAUGGUGAGCAAGAAAUGUGUUUUUCAGGGAAUAAAAUGUGGAAGUUUAAAAGAUUUUGAUAAUGGUAAGUGUACCAGCUGCAAUGGUUCAGGACACAAUUGCAGAAUACUUGGUUUAAAUAGAUAUUCUGAUAGCUCAGAGGGAAACAGAUUCUUUCUCAAUACAGCUGCCCAAUUUCCAUUCUGUAUGCUUGAAUAUCGAAUAAGUGUUAGCAUUACAGAUAAUGAAAAAUACGGCUAUUUUACCUUUAUCCUAGUCGAUGAAAACGCUAAUAUUGCUGAAGCUUCUCUCACCGUUGAAAAUAGGGACACCUAUAGAGUCUUUAAAAGUCAGUCAGCGACUAAUAAUAGUUUUGUAUAUUUUGCCAAGCCUCCUCGUCUCAAUAAUAUUAGAGAAGCAAAAGUAAAAUGGAUUGAAAAGAAAAAGAUAUAUUGUUUUAUUUUUUGCAGAAUGAUCAUUAGAGUACAAAAAGUAACAGUUGCAUUUUUGGGUACAGGAAACGACGAUGAAAGUGCCGAUUUGAUUUUUUGUCCUCCUGAUGAAACCGUGGAAAUAGAGAGCGGAUCAUAUAUUACAUUUACCAAAUGCUCGGAUCAAAUAGAAUUACCAAAUCCAACAACGCAGGCAAUACAUAUGAAAAACACAAACGAAAUCUAUAUGACAAUCAAAAAAGCGAACACUGCUAGUGUUAUAAAAAGUACCAGCACAAAAUCUAUUACUGAAGCGAAUUUGAUGUCAAUUCAAGCGUAA